AUGAGUAAAUCCGGUCACAGCAACUGUGGCAGCACAAUAAUGCGCCGACUGUUCAUACGGAAUGACCGUAUCAAAAACGUAUUUCACCAUAACAUCCUUAUUGGUGGACUACUUGAGACGAAUUGUCAAGAAUCACACAAUGUCCAGGAGCACUACGCGGAUAUUGUACAAUUUUUGCAAUACGUCAUCUCGCAUCUAGACUAUCCAUCAAUGAUUACAGAAAAGUGCCAUGAAAUCGGUUUGAAACACCGGAAAUACAAAGCAAUGGGAAUGAAGACAGAACAUUGGGACCUGUUAGGUGAGGCCAUAACGGAGACGAUACGCGAAUAUCAAGGAUGGAAACGACAUCGCGAAAGUCUUCGCGCUGCCAAUAUCCUCGUCUCUUUUCUAGUUGACAGAAUACGAAACGGAUUUCUACAACGAGAUGUCGCUACUCCCAUUGGCACACCGCCACCGAAACGAGUUCAGCCAUCAGAUCGGGGACGUAGUCGAAGCCUGCAAGAUGCAGAUAAUGGAGGAAUGUAUCGAAACUGGACAGAUUCUUGUCCCAGUAUUAACGAUACCACUUCUGUGCACUUGGUUGAGCGACGAUUAAGCGCACUCACCCAAAAACGCAGCGUACCUGCUAUGUCAUCGUCAAGAAACAUACGACAAGAAAUGCAGAUUCGGCGACGACGCCUUCCAGAGACUCCACUGUUUAGCGGAGAUGAUACAGAUGACGGUCAUGCUAUAGAGAGACGCCGUCAAUAUCGUCAUUCAGCUACCCACUCUUUCGAAUUGGGUCAACUCAGUAAGCGGUAA